GGAAUAGAUAAUUCAUUUAAGAUAUCGUAGAAUUGUUAGGUGCGAUUUCACUGUCUUGGUCGCACUUAGUGGAUCCAGUCGCCCAACCCCAGUUUUGAUGUGUGCAUAUCUAAUCUCGGUGCAAGUGUCCAAGUCGGCGGUCGAAGGAUGGUAGCCGCAAACAAGAUCGUCGUGUGCGACAAUGGAACUGGGUUUGUCAAGUGUGGCUUUGCCGCCGAGAACUUCCCCCGACACGUGUUUCCGUCGUUGGUGGGGCGACCGAUCUUGCGCGCUGAGGAAGCGAUCAACCGCGACGUCAUCUUGAAGGACGUCAUGUGUGGGGACGAAGCUGCGUACGUGCGAAGCAACUUGCAGAUCAGCUACCCCGUGGAGAAUGGGAUCGUCAAGAACUGGGACGACAUGGAAAAGCUGUGGGACUACACGUUCCACGAGCGGUUGCAAGUGAAUCCCAAGGAAAUGCGCAUCCUGCUCACGGAACCCCCGCUCAACCCGAAGGCGAAUCGCGAAAAGUUGGUCGAGAUGAUGUUUGAAAAGUACGGCUUUGAAGGCACGCACAUCUCGAUCCAGGCCAUGCUCACGCUGUACGCGCAAGGACUGCGCACGGGCGUCGUGAUCGACAGCGGCGACGGCGUGUCCCACGUCGUGCCCGUGUACGAAGGUUUCGUGCCCCAGCAUCUCAUCCGCCGUCUGGACGUCGCGGGUCGCCACAUCACGCAGUACCUGAUCAAGCUGCUCCUGCUGCGCGGGUACGCGUUCAACCGGACCGCCGACUUCGAAACUGUCCGUCAGAUCAAGGAGCGCCAUUGCUACACGGCGCUGGACCCGGUGGUGGAGCGGCGCUUGGCUUUAGAGACGACCGUGCUCGAGGAAACGUACGAACUCCCCGACGGCCGCGUGAUCAAGCUCGGCCGCGAGCGCUUUGAGGUAGCCACCAUCAUCAUUAUCGUCACCCCCCACGUCAUAUGUCCAUGCUCAUGUCGAUUCUGUAGGCGGCGGAAGCGCUGUUCCAGCCGCACUUGAUCGGCGUCGAAGGGCCCGGGUUGAGCGACAUGCUGUUUGAGAUGUGCCAGAAAGCCGACAUUGAUCUGCGCACCGAGUUCUACAAGAACAUCGUGCUAAGCGGCGGCUCGUCCAUGUACCCCGGACUUCCGAGUCGGCUGGAGAAGGACAUCAAGGACCGGUACUGCGCCGAGGUGCUCAAGGGCGACAAGGCCCGCCUGAGCAAGUUCCGCCUGCGCAUCAACGACCCCCCCCGCCGCAAGCACUUGGUCUUCCUUGGGGGGUCUGUCCUCGCCAACUUUAUGAAGGACGUGGACGAGUUUUGGAUCUCCAAGAGAGAGUACGACGAGCAAGGCGUGCGAUGCAUUGACAAAUUGAAGUGAUUCGUCCAGACAGAUACACUGGAGGGGCUAAAUUUAGAACAAGCACUGGCUGAGCACUUGGAUGGUGUG